UGUAACAUUUUUGGUGUAAAUGUGGAACAGCUUUAAAACAGUUUGACAUUAGGUCAUAUUAAGUUUCUAUAAACUAAGGUCAUUGGUUUUGAUAUCUUCCUCCAAUAGGAUCAGGGGCGGCAACAUGCGAAUCAUUCCAUUCUUUGGGGACUAAAUUCCAACGAUUUAACCAAAAUGACCUGCGACAGAGCUGGAACAAUAGAGGAUUCGCUGAAGAGGAGCGCACAAUUUCGCAAAAUAACAGGAAAGAAUAAAGACAAAGAGCUUGUUAUUAUAAGGAAUAACAGAGCCAUCAGUAAACACUUUCCUUGCACUUUAAUUAAUAAAGAAGACCGUCUGACUGUGAAGUUUGUCAAAGCUGUGGAGCUGCCGAAGAAGCCAGUUGGCGCUUAUGUUUCUCUCUGUAAGAACAAACCAGCUUCGGAGCUUGUGAGUUUCCAUGUGGUUACAAAGGGAGGUAAAGAUAUUGUAAAAAUCCUGAAUAAUCGAGCUCUGCGAGCAGUGGCUGAUGAAAUAACUAUUUAUGCUUACAAAGGGGAGAAGGUGAAGCACGCUUUAAAGAGAGAUGGCCGUCUUCUCAGCACCAUAUUUAAGAAGAACUUUGUGCUCUUAAACAGAAGCACUCAGGUAAAAACAGAGCUCUCCAACAUAGUUGAUGAGCUCAACGAUGAAACAUUCCAGAUUACUUUACUUGAUAAGUCCAGACCACCACAGAGUCUAUCUGGCAGUCUUGAUGAAGCAUAUCUGCUGACAAAUGAAAACCAGAGUCAGUCUGAGUCAGAGAACGACAACACAAUAAAACAGGAGUGUAAUGAUAAUAUAACAUCAGGAAAUGAAUUGCAAGAAAUUCCCAAUUCAAAAAGCAUGAAAAGCCAGCUGUGUUCUCGGUUUGAAGAAUCUGUUAGGGCCUUAAAAUCUCUGGCCCCUAACCCAUCUCAUAUUCAAAAUCUGCUCCGUGUAAACUUUGGUCAGAGUGCCCAGAUGUGCCGUGAAGUGAAAGCCAUGAAAAAGCUGAUGGGUCUCAGUGAUUCCGUCUGUCAGGUGAGAAUAAACGGUGUGCCGAACGGAACUGGGUUCCUCCUGUUUGGCAGGUAUGUGCUCACUAAUGGCCACAUCAUUCAAGAUAUUUACGAUGAAAAGAGAUGCAAGCUAAUCUCAAAGGUCUCUGUACACUUCUCCUAUGACAGUGUGGAGCAAACAGAUGGAGCACUGGAUGUGGUGGAGGUUGUUGGCAUUGACUGCAGCCCUGAAGUGCCUGGUGGUGAUUGGGCUUUAUUAAAGCUCAGAGAUAACCAGAAGCUUGCUACAGCUCUGUUAAAACAUUCUGGCUUUCUACCAAGUGACAGCGGAAUUUGCAUCAUCGGGCAUCCAGAUGGAGGUGUGAAAAAAAUCGAUCCUUGUCUGAUUGUUCCAUCACACAGUCGAAUUCAGGUUGCAAAUAGACACCACAGGGAGAAUCUGGAGCAUGUUCAGUUGAUUAGUAACGGUUUCUUUUUAAGUGUGGCAAAAUCUAUUCACCAAAAAUCUUUCCUGACGUAUGAAUCCUGUUUCUAUCAUAGUUCUUCCGGUUCUCCUGUUUUUGAUAAGCACAGCGACGUUGUGGCUGUGCAUUCAGGUGGGUACAUAUACGAAUCCGCUCGUGGAGAAAUCCAGAGUGUGAUAGAGUUUGCCCAUCCUUUGCCUGCUAUUAUGGAGCGCUUCAUUAUCCAGAUGGUAGAGAGACAGAAUUACGAUGUGUUGAAGGAGUACCUGGCUUGCAGCUACGCUCUGCAUGAAAACGUUAUGGAUGGCGUAAAGAAUCUGGUUGAGAGGCGAAAUCUGGUGCGUUUCAAAAAUGCAGUCAACAAUUUUUUUGCUGUUGCCGAUCAAAUAGAGGAGAGUUUAUACAGAUUUUUUGAGUUCUUUCAAAAAAACGAACCUAUCCCUAUGGACAUUUGUUGAAUAGGUCUAUGGUGAAAAUGAAUGCAGGGAUAGCUGAAAGGAUUUUCACUUUUUAAAUUCUUUUUAUUUUUUUAUUUUUAUUUUUUUGUCUUUUUUUUAUUGAUCAAUGAAAUUACUGUAUUUCUUUAGAGGCUGCUAACCUCUGAUCUACUUAUAUUCAUGGUCAUUGCAGCCCAUUGUUUAGGAUGAGGAAACAUGCCUCCUUAAUUUAAUCACUUAUCUUUUUUCUUUUUUUACUUAAUUUUGAAAAGUAAU